AUGAAUCUCGACAAUUCAUCGAGAGAAAAUUCGGAGGCUUUGGAUUCCAUCAGUACAGUCAGUCCGAGAGAUAAAUAUCACAGCAUGAGGGACAAAAAGUUAUCAGUACCAGGCACGGAAGGGGCGCGGCCUAAAGUGGUAACAGUGAAGCACCCUGAAUCAAAUAAGCCCAAGCCAACAGCCAAGAAAAAUAAACCUAUACAAGCAGACUUGGAUGUCAUAAAGGAGUUCAUAAGAUGUCGUGACGAAGGUGUUAAGCGACUGGAUCUUAGCAAAUCAUCUAUUACCUCUUUACCUCCCAAUGUACGAGACUUGACUCAUCUAGUCGAAUUUUAUUUAUAUGGAAACAAGUUGGUUGCUCUCCCAGCAGAAUUUGGGUGUUUGACGAAUCUACAAACAUUAGCAUUAAACGAAAAUUCAUUAACUAGUCUACCAGACUCUCUCGCUAAUUUAAGGUCACUGAAGGUACUUGAUUUAAGACACAACAAGCUAAAUGAUAUUCCAGAAGUGGUGUACAGAUUAACAUCACUGACUACAUUGUUUUUGAGGUUUAACAGAAUCAGAGUUGUGGGGGAUGGAAUUGAAAACUUGACUAACUUAACAAUGUUGAGUUUACGGGAAAAUAAAAUUAAGGAAUUGUCAUCAGGCAUUGGAAAUCUGGUUAAUUUAGUAACCUUUGAUGUUUCUCAUAAUCAUUUGGAACAUUUGCCAAAGGAGAUUGGCAAUUGUAUAAACUUGAGCACAUUAGAUUUGCAACAUAAUGACCUGUUGGACAUACCAGAGACAAUUGGUAAUUUACAAGCAUUAACUCGACUUGGCUUAAGAUACAAUAGACUCACCUCAAUUCCAUCUAGUCUUAGCAAUUGUGUACAUAUGGAUGAAUUUAAUGUAGAGGGAAAUUCAAUAUCUCAACUGCCUGAUGGUCUCCUAUGCAGUUUGACAGAACUGACUAGUAUUACACUGUCAAGAAAUUCAUUUGCCAGUUACCCAUCUGGAGGACCAGCACAGUUUACAAAUGUGUCUUCAAUUAAUUUAGAGCACAACCAAAUUGAUAAAAUCCCGUAUGGCAUAUUUUCAAGAGCCAAAAAUUUGACCAAAUUGAAUAUGAAGGAAAAUCUACUGACAUCUCUACCUUUGGAUAUUGGCACAUGGUUGAACAUGGUUGAAUUGAAUUUGGGCACCAACCAUCUCACCAAACUGCCUGAUGACAUUCAAUGUCUUCAAAAUUUGGAAGUGUUGAUACUGUCUAAUAAUCUAUUACGAAGAGUACCUCCUAGCAUUGGAAAUUUAAGGAAGCUUAGAGUCCUAGAUUUGGAGGAGAAUAAACUAGAAAUUUUGCCUAAUGAAAUUGGUUUCCUUCAUGAACUGCAAAAACUUAUUGUUCAGUCAAACCAAUUAACAACUCUACCUCGGUCUAUUGGUCACUUGGUAAACCUGACUUUCCUAAGUGUGGGUGAAAAUAAUUUGCAAUAUUUGCCUGAAGAAAUUGGCACACUAGAAAAUCUUGAAUCACUGUAUUUAAAUGACAAUCCUAAUUUGUGCAAUUUGCCAUUUGAGCUGGCACUAUGUGUGAGUCUGCAAAUCAUGAGUAUUGAAAAUUGCCCAUUGACUUCGAUCCCACCCGAGGUGGUAUCAUCUGGGCCUUCAUUAGUGAUUCAAUACUUGAAAUCUCAAGGUCCGUACAGAGCUAUGUGA